CGGUGCGCAAUGCUAUCUCAUGCCGACCUCCUGGAUGCUCGCCUCGGGAUGAAGGAUGCCGCGGCGGAGCUCCUGGGCCACAGGGAGGCUUUGAAGUGCAGGCUCGGCGGAGGGGGACCUGACCCGGGACACUCCGGGGAGCUCGGCCCCGGCCCGGACGGCGUGGAAGGGGCCACGAUGCUCCCGGGUGACGAUAUCAGCAGCGGCGGUGGAUCCAACCCGGUGCAGGUGAACAGCAAAGAGCAAGAGAAGCAGCAGCAGCAACAACAGCAGCAGCAGCAGAACAACAACAACUCCAACCAGUCUGCGAGCCAGCAGUCCCAGAAACAGAAGCGGCACCGGACCCGUUUCACUCCGGCGCAGCUCAACGAGCUGGAGAGGAGCUUCGCCAAAACGCACUACCCAGAUAUCUUCAUGCGGGAGGAGCUGGCUCUGAGGAUCGGCCUGACGGAGUCCAGAGUGCAGGUCUGGUUUCAGAACCGACGCGCUAAGUGGAAGAAGCGCAAGAAGACCACCAAUGUGUUCCGGGCUCCGGGGACGCUCCUGCCGACGCACCACGGCCUGCCUCAGUUCCCGUCAGCCGCGGCGGCAGCAGCGGCCAUGGGCGACAGCCUCUGCUCCUUCCACGCUAACGACACCCGCUGGGCCACGGCAGGGAUGCCCGGCGUGUCCCAGCUGCAGCUACCGCCGGCUCUGGGCCGCCAGCAGGCCAUGGCGCAGUCACUGUCUCAGUGCAGCCUCGGCGCCGGGCCGCCGCCCAACUCCAUGGGUCUAUCCAACAUGUCGUCGAACGGCUCCGGGCUUCAGUCGCACCUUUACCAACCCACUUUCCCCGGGAUGGUACCCGCAUCCCUGUCCGGCCCGACCAACGUGACCGGCUCGCCUCAGCUGUGUAGUUCCCCGGACAGUGACGUCUGGAGAGGGACAAGCAUCGCGUCUCUGCGCCGCAAAGCGCUGGAGCACACAGUAUCCAUGAGUUUCACCUAGUGACGAGGUUCCACCGCCAAGAGCUUUUCUUUCUCUCAUACAGAGAUCUUCUGCAUUUAGUUCCUAUUCAUCCAAUGCACCGGGAAAAAUACAACCAGGAAUUCUUGUUCACAUCACAAAUCGCAGAACACACCUGGCGUCUUUUUCUCCCGUUAACGACCAAUCACAAACAAGAGGGAAAACUGAAGCUAUUUAUCAGGCCUGCAGGCCGUUAUCAAGCAUAGGGCUGGUUCUGUUUUAAGCUAUAAUUUAUUAUUUCGCAUGUAGCCAUAUGGCAGUUAUUUAUUUGUCUAUUUAAAUUAACUUAUUCAUUUGUUCAGUAUUUAUUUCCUUGACACACGCAGCCCUCGCCUUGCAGGGCUUUCAGUGACAUUUGCUUGGUGACUGACGGUUUUAUUUUUGAGGACAAAUUCUGUGGAUACUUUGAGAUACAAAAACUAGGUUACAGAUCCCUUUUUUUCCACUGGCUGCACAGCAGGCAGCUCUGAAGGGGCCAAAGGGAUGCACAGUGGACAUGCAGAAAACAAGGAACCUGGAGGUUUUAAAAGAAUGAGAAUAUGAAAGUUUCACCAUGAGGACAGAGAAGGAAACUGGUUUGAAAGGAAUCAGGACAACAUGGAAAAUGACUUGACUGCAUGUGCUGUCCAAGGCAAAAAAAAAAAAAAAAAAAUUAAAUAAAUAAAUAAGGGAAACAGUAUAAAUUAAGACAUGGAAACUGACUUAACUAUAAUCUGUUAUAUAGGAUGUUUUGUGUAGCAGAAGCACUCUUGUUCCCAUUUGGUCAGUUUGUGAUAACUUAUGUUUCCAAAUUAUGUCUGUGCUUAUGAUCAAAUAUGACUUUUCUUAAAUGUUUGAACCGUUUUUGUUUCAUGGACAUGUUUAUAUCAAUUAAAUGUAAAUGAUCAAAUAAAAAUCAUUUUCAAUUAUGUCACAUCAUGAAUCAAACCUCCUUUCUUGAAGCAGAUGAAGGGCUCAUGUUAAAAAAAAAAAUUAGAUUUAGAAGCACUAGAAACACUUGAUCCUUCAAUGGACAGCGUCAAGAUGUAAGAUUUAAAAAAUAUAUAUAUUAUAAGCAGCUUUAAUCGACUCCAACACGACCUUAAUGUCCCGACUCCACAGUGUCACUCGAUUUAAACCUCUAAUCCAAACAUAAUAUAUCAGGUAACCUUCAAAUUUUUAUCUGUGGUGGAUUUAAAUUGCAGGUUUCGCCUCCUACUUUUCUAAAUCAUGUGUCAGAUGUGUGAUCUCAACUAUAAGUCCACAGCGAAAUGGUGAAAAGCAAUUUUAAGGCUUUAAACAGCAACACAGAUCAAACAAGUAAAGCGAGGAUAAAGCAGUCAAAUGUAAAUGUUCUUUAACAACAUAACUUCAGUCUAGAACAUGUAGAUAUCUAAG